AUGUUUGCUAGAUUAAUAUUCAGGAGAAAUUUUUUACCUUUUGAAAAUAUUUAUUGUCGUGUAUUAUUGUCUUCUGUAUCAAAAAAUUAUAUAUGUGAUUCUUCAAUUAUCGAAAGCUAUCGAACUAAUGAAAAAUUAAAAGCAAUUAUAGAUCAACAAGAACAUAAAUUCUAUUAUUAUGUUGAUAAAAAUCUGCAACAACAACUACCACCAUCAGUAUUCAAACAAAUUUCAAGUAAUUCUAAUCUUCCAGAAAAUGCACAAUAUCUAACCAAUGCUACAUCUGAAAAUCAAAACGAUAAAUCGUCAAAUACAAUUUCUCUUCAUGAAUUUCUUCAAGUAACACAUUGGAAUGAUCGUACAAAAAGUACAUUUCCUGGUCGAAUUAAUUUGGAAAUUCUAUCCAUUCGUUACGGUUAUGUUUUAUCUCAGAUAAUUGUUCAUCAUGAAUUAAUGUCCGUGGAUGGUUAUCUUCACGGUGGUGCUAUUGUAACAUUAGCUGAUGCAACUUGUGGUUUUGGUGGUUUGGUAUCAUUACCAUUGGGAGCUACUACGCUUACAACAAUUGAAUUGAAAACAAAUUUUUUGGGAAAAGGUAAACCAUCAGCUGUAUUAAAUUGUGAAGCUAAAUUACUACAUGGUGGAAAGACAACACAAAUUUGGGACGCCCAAGUUAUUGAUUUAAAAACGAAAAAACUUAUUGCAAUUUUUAGAUGCACACAAUUAAUUAUUUAUCCAGAAAGUAGCGAAAAAAAAAUAAAGUCUUAA